UAACAAACGUGGUCAAACACUUGUUUGACUAUCAUUUGGCAUCAUGUGGACAUCAAAAUCCAAAGAGAAAGCUGAAGACAAUCUGGCGACCAUCGCACGAUUAACCAAUUUCAUCGCAAGCCGAAACCCCGACGAUAAAGAUGCCCAGCGACGGGCCCAAGCAGCAACAGCAUUCCUUCAGAAUGUGGGCAUCACAAUUCAAGCCCCGGCAGCUGACAGCAGCAGAAUUACCUCUGCGUCGCCUCGCGAAUCCCAGCACUCCGUCAAGUUGCCGACUGAGCUUUACCGAAUGAUUGUUGGGCACGUCAGUACCUUUCGUCAACAAUCCCGAUCUAGAGAGCAGACAUUGGUUGCGUUCUCAUGCUCAUGCAAAACUCUACACAAAUUGUCUGAGGAUUUCAUUUAAAAGAAUGCCGGAGUCCUUAAAGGCUACUACAAACAGUGGAAAUUCUUGUUCAGCCUCAGAAUCAGGACGAUUCGUGCGAGUCUUGUACGGUCCCUACUGUUCGACUGGAAUUGCCAAGUGGAAAACAGUGAGCCGGUAAUAGGUAUCAUCACCUGAUGCCCUAAUAUUGAGUUUCUGUUCGUGGGUACUGGCGGCGGAAAUCCAGGAACGGUUUUCACCGAUCAGCUUGAGGGAUUACAGUUUAUACUCGCCACCUGUGCCCGUAUUAAGUCACUUCAUUACUUCACCGGCUUGAGGGGGCACAACGGUGACCAUCUGAACAGAAUAGUAGUGGCUGACGCGCAGAAACAUCUAUCUGAUUGGAUCUCGGAUCAUACUCAUGUCGAACAAUCAUUGAAACAGCUCCAGACCCUAGGCCUGGAUGGCCCAUCCGGUUGGCUACUCCAAGGUUCUCUUCAAUACCUUUCCUCCAACUUGACAUCUCUACAGCUCGGUUGGCAAAGCUUCUUGGAAGUCAGUCGCACUCC